CAUUCCCUUCUUCCCUCCUCUCACUCUUCUCAGUCAGUCCAUCAGUACUCUCUGAGACUGGACAGAGGAAGAGAGAGAGGUGACGGAGUGACAGACUGAGAGCAUCCCUCUCUUCUCAGACUCAAUGACAGUUAAAAAAUCCAAAGGACCAAUAGAGGUUCUGCAGUGGAGUUAAGAAAUAAAGGGGAUCUCUUUGGAUCGGAGAAGAACCCCUACGCAAAAACUUUCUAGGAUUUUGAGUGAAAAUCAAACAGAAAAGACUCUUGAGUUUGGACAUAAACUUUACUCAAGCGCCUCCUGGCAUUUUUGUUUUAAAGCAACAAUGCCCUUCCUCUUGCACCUCAUCCUCUUCCUCAUCCCAAGCCCCGCCCUGUUUUCCCAUAGUGCAUCUGUUCCCUCUGAGUCAAUGCCAGUCAAAAUGGUGAUAUCAGAACAGUGCGUUUCUGACCCCAACAAGGUCGAAGGUCAUGAGGUUGACCUGACACCCGGUUCUCCACUAGUUCUGACCCACCGGAUUCAUUUGGUUCCCGGUUCUGCGUCCGGUUCAUGCUGCCAGUCUGAAUUUGGAGCUCUUCAGGAGCGAAUCGAGGUGCUCGAGAGGGAAGUUUCAGAGCUCAGGGAGAAAUGUGGAGGUCUGGAUGGCGGCUGCUGCACUUCACAGCAAAGUAAAGGAGCAGGCUGCACCACUGUCCCUCCCCCAACAGAUGAGUGUUUGAAUGACUGCAGUGACCAGGGCCGCUGCGUGGAUGGGAAGUGUGUGUGUUUCCCUGGAUUUAGUGGACCUGACUGCAGUGUGCUCAACUGCCCCAGAGACUGCAGCAACAAGGGGAAGUGUGUAAAUGGCAAGUGUGUUUGUGAUCCCGGCUUCACAGGCCCAGACUGCUCUGUUAAAACAUGCCCCAAAAAUUGCAGCAGCAAUGGCAGGUGUGUGAAUGGAAGAUGUGUGUGCAAUGCAGGAUUCACAGGUCCAGACUGCUCAACUGUACAGUGUCCUGGAAAUUGCAACAACAAAGGAAGGUGUGUGAAUGGGAAGUGUGUGUGUGACACCGGAUUCACAGGUCCGGAUUGCUCUGAAAGGUCCUGCCCUGGAAAUUGCAACAACAAAGGCAAGUGUGUUAAUGGGAAAUGUGUGUGCAAUACUGGAUUCACAGGUCCAGAUUGUUCUGAAAGGUCCUGUCCCGGAAAUUGCAACAACAAAGGAAGAUGUGUGAACGGAAAGUGUGUGUGUGAUACCGGAUUCACAGGUCCGGAUUGUUCUGAAAGGUCCUGCCCCAGAAAUUGCAACAACAAAGGAAGAUGUGUGAACGGGAAAUGUGUGUGUGAUACCGGAUUCACAGGUCCGGAUUGCUCUGAAAGGUCCUGCCCCGGAAACUGCAAUAACAAAGGCAGGUGUGUGGAUGGAAAGUGCGUGUGCAAUACGGGAUUCACAGGUCCAGACUGCUCUGAACGGUCCUGCCCCGGAAAUUGCAACAACAAUGGCAGGUGUGUGAAUGGGAAGUGUGUGUGUGAUGAAGGAUUCACAGGUCCAGACUGUUCGGAACGGUCCUGCCCCGGAAAUUGCAACAACAAAGGGAGGUGUGUGAAUGGGAAGUGUGUGUGUAAUGAAGGAUUCACAGGUCCAGCCUGCUCUGAACGGUCCUGCCCUGGAAAUUGCAACAACAAAGGCAGGUGUGUGAAUGGGAAGUGUGUGUGUGAGGAAGGAUUCACAGGUCUAGAUUGUUCGGAACGGUCCUGCCCCGGAAAUUGCAACAACAAAGGCAGGUGUGUGAAUGGGAAGUGUUUGUGUGAUACUGGAUUCACAGGUCCAGAUUGUUCGGAACGGUCCUGCCCCAAUAACUGCAGCAACAAAGGCAGAUGUGUAAAUGGACAAUGUGUGUGUGAUGUUGGCUUCACCGGACCAGACUGUUCCACCAAGACCUGCCCAAAUAACUGCAGCAACAGAGGAAGAUGUGUAAACGGCAAGUGUGUGUGUAAUCCCAGUUUUGCUGAGCCGGAUUGCAGGGAGUGUAAGGAUGGAUUUACAGGACCUGACUGCGCAACGGCCCUGAUUGCGGUGUCUCACUUCAGCACCAGAAACAUCACCGAAUCUUCAGUUACACUCUUCUGGACUCCACCUAUAGUGCAGUACAACACUUACCGUAUCACCUUCACCAGUGAGAAAGAAAGCGAUCAGAAGAUCACAGCCACGGUGAAUGGCGGAUUCAGCACCUACACUCAGGUGGGCCUGGCUCCUGGGCAGCGGUACACCGUGACCAUCGUUGGGGAGAAAGAUGGCAGGAUGGGCGCCAAGAGCACAACAACCUUCCAAACCUUGAUCUCUGGCCCCAAAAAUCUUCAAGUCGUCAAGACAAGCACAACUUCUGUCAUCGUCCAAUGGGAGGAAGCACAGGGAGAAAUCGACAGAUACGUCCUCUCCAUUUCACCAAAUCAGACGGAUGGAUCUGGCAAGGGAAUUCCAGAGAUGAGGUUGCCACCCGAGAGAGACUCUGCUCAAAUCGAUGGCAUGGAGCCUGGUCGUUUGUAUGACAUUUCUCUGGUCGCAGAAAAAGAUGGCACUCUGAGCCUGCCGGCAACCGUGCAAGCAACCCCUGACAGGCUGGCGGGUUUUUCUGGUGAGGUCAGGCCAUUAGAUGGAAAAGGACCGAAGUUACAGGAUGGAAGAUUUGAAGUAGUACAUCAGCGGAAGGAGGGGGCUCAUCAAACAGCAACAUUUUCAGAGCACCCCAAAAGGAUGAGCAUACAAGAAGUGAAAACUAGGACAACCCCAUCACCCUCUCUUCCUUUACCCACGAAUCAGGUCCAACCUUCUCUGGUGCGAUCUGAAACACAGGACCAACCUACAUACAAGAGACAGACACCAUCAAGAGACAGGCACCAUGCUAAAACCUCUCUCCAGGUGCCUCCAUCACCCAAAUAUAGAUAUUCAGGUAGGCCAAAAUUAUCUGGUUCAUCAACAUCACUAUUAAAUAGCAGACAGCCUACUAAAUCCAUUUCCUCCAGAACCUCUUCUCAAAUGCCAGAAUACAAAAAUCCAGCUGGAAAUGUAUCCUUUCUUCCAUCAUCUCACCCAUUUGGAGUGGGAAAAGAAACCUUAAAGAGGAAGAAAAUAGCCUCACAAGAACCCCAACCUGAUGAUCAAGGCUUACUGACUGAACCUGUCCCAGGAUUCAAUAGGGAUUCUUCAGUAACCAAUUUACCAGAAGGCACCACAGAUACAGAGAAUACUAAUGGAGACAAUUUUCCAAAAUACAAAGAGACAAUAAAUAAGACUGUACCACUGUACCAUCGCAUGUCACAUAUGGGUACAUUCCCUCGCCAACCUAAUAUUGGUCCAUUCCGGUCCAACCGGACCAGCACCCCUCAGCACCCCUACAGAAGUCUGCUACGCAGACCCAUCCUGCCCAGAGUCAACAGCACUGCUAGGAACAAAGUGGAACCCGAAAUGAUUAGCAGCAACCUAAACCCAAACCAUACACUAAAAUUUACAUGGAAGGGGAAAAAUGGAACAGUCAUCAGACUUCCACCAAAACUUCUUAGUCGAAUAAAAACAAACUUUAAAAAUGGCUCCAAAGCUGGUGUCACAGUAGACAAAAACACAAGCAAAGAAUCAAAUAUUGUUUUCCCAGCAGAUAAUGAUGCAGACCCUAAAUUUAAUCUCUCCCUGUCAACAUAUAAGGCUCCAUCGAAAAGCAAUGAUACAAUACAAACUGUCAGCAGGGGUUCAGAAAACACCAUUGAUCACAUCUUACCCAGAGUCACAAACAGAGACAACAGCACUACUUGGCACACCAUUCCCCAUCACCAAAGGGUAUCUGGAGUCAUCAGUGGCAGGCAAAAUGCUUCAAAUCUGAAGAUUAGACCAACAAUUGUACUGAAAAGGAAAAAUAACACGGUCAUCAGACUUCCAUCAAAACCUUAUACUCGAAUAAAUGUAAACUCAACCACCAUCCAUAGUCUGCUCAAAGAUAGUAAGUAUGGAAUAAGGCACAAAGACUCCAAAGAUGCAAGCAAGGAAUCUCAAAUUGGCUUGUCAAAAGACACGGACACAAACCUAUUUGCUAACAUCACUCUGUCAACAGAAGCUCCAAUGGGAACUAAUGAGACAUUACAAGCCAUUAAUGGAGGUUCAGAAAAUGCUAUUGAUCACAGAAACAAAGAACACAACCUGCCCAGCAUCACUAACAGAGACCAGGACCUACCCAGGGUCACACCCAGAGACCAUGAACUAUCAAAGACUGCAGUCAGAGACCAUGACCUGCCCAGAGUCACAAACAGAGACCAGGACCUAGCCAGGGUUACAUCCAGAGAUCAGGAAAUAUCAAAGAUUGCAAAUAGAGACCAAGACCUACCCAGAGUCACAAACAGAGACCAGGACCUAGCCAGGGUUACAUCCAGAGAUCAGGAAAUAUCAAAGAUUGCAGUCAGAGACCAUGACCUGCCCAGAGUCACAAACAGAGACCAGGACCUACCCAGGGUUACAUCCAGAGAUCAGGAAAUAUCAAAGAUUGCAAAUAGAGACCAAGACCUACCCAGGGUCACAAGCAGAGAUAUCAACACUACUAUUCCAAUGCUUAUUGAUCAAAAGGUUGAAUCUGAAGUCGUAGGUCAAAGGGAAAAUGUCCCAAAUCAGAACCAUAGAACAAAAAUUAUGCUAAGAAGAAAAGAUGGCACAUUAGUCAGAACUCAAAAAAAACUUCAUACUCAAAUAAAACCAAACUCUACCAGCAUUCACAGUGGGCUGAAAGAUGCAGACACCAAAGUUGUUAAAGGCAUCAAAGAAUCAGUUAUUCUCUCAGACAAACCUAAAGCUGAAAGUCAUUAUAAACUUCAAACUGUUGCUGGGGGUUUAGAAGUUGGCAAUGAUAACACUCUUCCCAGCAUAACAGACAGAGACCAGGACUUGUCCAGAAUCACAAACAGAGAUCACCACCUGCCCAGGGUCACAAACAAAGACCAGGACCUGCCCAGUGACAUAAACAGAGACAACAGCACUAGUAUGAAACAAGUUAUCAAAGAAUUCAAAGAAUCUACAGAACCUACUGUUCAAGCUGUUGCUGCAGGUUCAGAAAAUGGCAUUGAUAACAACAGCACUACUAUGCAAAUGGAACCUGAAUUCAACAGUCAUAGCAAAAAGGGUCCAACUUCCAAUUUUACAGCAACAGUUACAAUGAAAAAGAAAAAUGAAACAGUCUUCAGAAACACACCAAAGUUUAAAAUAAAGCCAAACUUUCAUGGUGACCCAAAACCAAGUAAAGAAAGCAGCACUUCUAGGCAUACCCUUCCUCAUAACACCUUAAAUCGCAGCCCUAGACCAAAAUCUACACAGCAAAGGAAAAACGGCACGAUCAUCCGACCCCCGCCGAAAGUUUCUCCUCAACUCAAGCCAAAGUCCACCACAAUUCUUGAUGGCACAAAAGGGAGAAAACAUUCCACAGAUGAUCCUAAACUUGUUUGGUCGUCAAAGGUUCCUCUCUCAACAGAUAAGGCCACAAGCCAAACAAAUACCGCAUUUCCAAUUGCUGAGGUUUCAGAAGAUAGCAUCAAUCAAGUUGGAGUCCAGAAUGUGACAUCAAAGGGAUUUAUCAUAAUUUGGGUGGCACCAGAGGGAAGGUUCAAAAACUUUGUGAUCAGAAUAAUAGAAGAGAAUGAUGAAGGGGUAAAUGAGGGUGAUGGAAGCAACCAGGAAAAAGAGGAAGAGAGGACAGAAGGAAGUGAAAUAACCACUAAUGUUAUUGAGGUUGUGAGGAGGAACAGCAGCAAUGAUGGGGUUAGAAAGAAAUUCACCAAGUUGCUUCCUGGUUCUGCUCGCUCGUACCCUGUCAUAGAUCUCACCGCUCAAACCAACUACUCUGUGACCCUUUAUGGAACAGGUCGUGGAUUACGUUCCAAUGUUCACACCUUCAUCAUUACAACAGGUCCUGAGCCUCCCUCACACCUCUCCUUUAGUGAAAUAACUGACACGUCGCUCACUGUGUCAUGGAGACGACCAAAAAGCUCUGUGUCUGGGUUUAAGGUCACGUACAUACACACUAAAGAAGGAGAGCCGAUCUCGGUGACGGUGGACUCGUCAAACUCCAACCUCGCUCUGUCCAAGCUCUCCCCCGGAUCCACUUACGAGGUCAGCGUCAUCUCUGUGCUCGGAUUGGACGAGAGCGACCCAAUCAAAGACUUCGUGAUCACACUGCCCGACCCGCCCACUGACCUCAGGGCCAUAAACAUCACAGAUACCAAGGCUCUGUUGCUAUGGAGACCUGCCCUGGCAACCGUCGACCAGUACAUCAUCACUUACCACUCCGAGGAAGCUCCUGGCUCAGACCUGAGUGUCAGAGUGUCAGGUAACGCAGUGGAACAGCAGCUUCAGGCUCUAAAGGAAUCCACCAAGUACAGCGUCACCAUCAUCAGCCGACUCGGAGAACAGAAAAGCUCCAGCACACUCACCACCUUCACCACGACCAGCGGCUCUCCUGGAAAAGGGGAGGCACCUCGGGACCUGAUAGCCAAACAGGUAACUGCACGUUCUGCUGUGUUGUCAUGGAAACCACCAGCUUCAGCCGUGACGAGCUACAAACUGACGUACUUCACCAAGGGUGGAGAGCGCAAGGAAGUGACCCUUAACCCUGGAGUUACUGAACACGAGCUGCGAAGGCUGCGUCCCUCGUCCACGUAUACGGCACUACUGCAGGGUGAAAGAGGCGGAGUCUACACCGCGGCCAUCUCCACGGAGUUCACUACAGGAGCUCUGCGCUUCCCGUACCCCUCUGACUGCUCCCAGGAGCUGAUGAAUGGACAGAAGGAGUCAGGUUUGGUGGAGAUUUUCCCCGGAGGGAAACAGGGACAAACUGUCAUGGUUUACUGCGAUAUGGAGACGGACGGAGGAGGCUGGACGGUCUUCCAGAGACGAAAAGAUGGGAAAACCAACUUCUUCAGAAGCUGGCAGGAAUACAGGAAGGGUUUCGGAGACCUGGAGGGAGAGUUCUGGCUCGGAAACGACUUCCUCCACAACCUCACUACGAUGACUCCCAUGAAUCUGAGAGUGGACCUGAGGUCAGGAGACGAGGCCGUCUAUGCGCACUACUCCACCUUCUCCCUGGACACCAUGAAGAAACACUACAUGUUGCGAGUGUCUGGAUAUUCGGGCACAGCUGGCGACUCUCUGAAGUACCACGAUAAGCGGCCGUUCUCCACGUUCGACCGCGACCCCCAGCCCUUCAUCACACGCUGCUCCAUGUCUUACAGAGGGGGCUGGUGGUACAAGAACUGCCACGAGGCUAAUCUCAACGGCCUGUACAACACACACACUAACCACCAGGGUGUGAUCUGGACCGCAUGGAAAGGGAAGAAUUUCUCCAUCCCAUUCAGCGAGAUGAAAAUCCGCCCAGCUUCCUUCAAACCAAACAAUCAGUGAUGAACAGAGUGAAAGAAAAAGAGGAACAACAAACACACACACUCACACACACACACACACACACACACAUGUACAGACACACUUCACUUACUGACAUGAAAAUGAAAAUUGUGUAACCACAUUUUGAAAUUUUUCUACGUGAAGCUACACACACACACACACACACACACACACAUAGAGGAUAUUGAUUCAUGUAUUGUACAGUUUGUGGAUUGUGUGUUUAUUAUUUCCUGUAUCCUGUGUAUUUGUGGUGUAUUUGUAGGAACAGUACGUGCUGUAGCUGUAGCUCUCACCACCACUGAGCGAGUGUCUGUACUCGGCCUGUAUUUAUCUAUUCAGAGCUCUCUCAUGUUUCUGAGUCAAGUGUUCAGAUGAUCAGCUGCACAGACUUAAAUAAACAAAACGGUGAAAGUAAA